GUGCGUACAGGUAACUUCAGGACGAGUGAGUGAAAAUGCAGACGAAGACGUAUAGUUCUGUAGGAUUGAAUUUGUGGCCAUGGAUGCACUUACUUGUACAUAAGCGCAAUACAGCUUACAUUGCGCCUAUACUCAUGGGUAUCGAAAGUUCAAGACCAUGAGCGUCCGAGCACUUCACUGCAUGCGGAUGAGGACCUUCAAGCAAAGAUUGUAGGCAUCCGCCUCUUGACCUGUGCGGGUGUUGAACUUGCCAGGAACCUUUUUAACGGCCCUCGUCCGAAAGAAUAAUGCAGACAUGGCGGCAUUGAUUGAUUGCGAUAUGAUAAGUUGGAGUUAGAGGCACACAUUUCAACCAACACGUAUCAACCAAGUUAGAUAUUGUUUGGUCAUUAUUGAGCAGAAUCGAAAUCGAUGCGAUAGAUUGGUUUCCAAUUUUUCUCACAAAAAACCAAAAGCUUUUGCCUCUUGCUAAUGCGAGAUGCGAAAACUCCAUUAUUAGAAGAAGAAAUAUUUGAAAGCGUUAAAGAAUCCCGCUUUAAUUUGGCUAUGAAACAUUCACAUUGCACCAGUAAUGCGCUGUAAGUUAUGCGUUUAACUAAACACGUACAAUCAAAUUAUAUAUUAACAGCUGGUGAGUGAUGCACGAUACAAACCUAGUCAUUGUGGUAAGUUAUUUGAUCAUGAAAUGGAAAUAGUUAUGAACGAAAGCAUAUAUGUGUUGUGCCCAUUUUUUUGUGAAAGCAACGACGGACUCAAAUUUAUUAAAAGCAAUUUGCUUGUGAGAAUAAACAAAAAGCGGUCUCUCUUAAAUGAUGUUUUGAUUGAUGAUUUUACAAAUAUUUAAGAAAUUUUAGCUCUUGCACUUCGUACAACAUCUUUUUCUUUCGCUUUAUAUUUCAAGACAAAUCUUAAUCUCAAAAAAUUUGGGUAACUUUCCGGCAAAACAAUAUGAAAAACAAAAUUAUUGAAAUAGCAAAAGGCAACACUGCUGCAUUUGCCCAGUCGAAGUUCGUGGCUAUUCUUUUUUUAAAUAAAAUAUGUGUCAGAACUUGUGUUCUCUUUUUUACGUGCAUUUAAACAAAUGAGGGCAAGCAACUAGUUUGCUUCCUAUCGCUUUCGCCAAUUUCUUCUCCUUGCAAAAUCAUACAUAAAUAAGUAGGUUAUUUACAGUAUUAAUUAUCAAAAUGAGAUCUUUCGCUUACCUUUGAGUUAAACAUAAAAAUUGUGAUGUCGGCAGUUGAUCGUUUCAUUGUCUAUUUUAAUAUAUGGUAGUUGGUUUUACUCUUCCUAAAAUUAUAAAAAGAGAGUGUAAGUGAUACCGGCAACGGCGCUCGUAAAAAAAAGCUAUUGUUGGGAGAAGAUUCGUGAAUUUCGCAAAAGGGUUCGCAAUUAAAUUACGUCUGUUAAACGAAAGAAAAAAAGCUUAUCCACGUGUAACAGGAAAACUUCAAAGUCUACAAUUCGUAAACGUUAAAGAGUAAAACGAAACGAUGAUGAAAAACAUUGUAGACGUCUUGUCCUUGCAAAACCGUGUCCAAGAAACUAAGAUACAGAAAACUAAACCCACGGAUUAUCGAAAAAUUGAUAAAAUCGGGAUAGUAGCUCGAUUUUUAUUUGAAUGUGCUAUUAAAUUGGAAAUAAAACCGUUAACCUCAGCUUGUGCGGCUAUAAUAUAUCACCGUUUCUUCAAAGAAGUCAAUACGUCAGACUACGACGAAUAUCUAAUAGCCGCAUCGUCUUUAUACAUGGCGGGUAAAAUUCAAGAUGAUCCGGUAAAAAUACGAGAUGUUAUAAACGUGGCUCAUUGCACCUUGAAUCGUGGGGCUUCUCCAUUGGAAUUAGGCGAUGAGUAUUGGUCUAUGCGUGAUGCUAUUGUGCAAGCUGAGCUUUUAAUUGCUCGCACUUUGAAAUUUGACUUAAAUUUCGAACAUCCACAUAAAUUUUUGCUUUACUAUAUGAAAACUUUACAAGACUGGCUCGGUUCGACUAUAUGGAAUUCAGUGCCCAUAGCCAAGACGGCUGCAUCGUUUCUGCAAGAUUUUCAUCAUAGUGAAAAAAUAUUAAAUCAUAAACCCACACACAUUGCCAUAUGCUGUCUAUCAUUGGCUUUGCAAACAUAUGGUGUUCAGGUACCGUUAACGGAUGAAUCCGAAGAAUCUUCAAUGUGGUAUACUCCAUUUGUUCCAGACAUAACUAAAGAUAAGCAUUGGGAAAUUAUUGAGGAUAUAAUUGAGGUAUAUAAACGGGAAUCCGAAAUCGAUAAUAUGUAAUAUGUAUAUAUAUAUAUAUAUAUAUGUAUAUUGCAUUUAAUGCACCAGUAAAAAGUAUAUUUCAGAGACCAUCAAAAAGGUUGUGACUUUUUCUUUCGGUAUUUUAUACUGCUUUUUUGCAAGCAAAGCAUUUCAUGUCUUUAGAAAUAUUCGUGCUAUAG